AUGUUAGUAAAAGAAUCAAAAAAUAAUUAAAAACUGCCUUAAUUUAGUUAAUAUUAUGACUAAUUUACAAAUACAUACAAAAUAAUAUUCCUAGUAGCAAUAUCCUAAGGUGUACUCUCUUUAUCAGAGUUAGGCAUAAGUUUUCUUUAUAAAGACGAUUUUAAGCUAAGUCCAUCAUAAGUUUCCAUUCUGUAAAGCUUAAUUGGACUUCCAUGGAUAUUAAAACCCUUAUGGGGUGUAAUAAGUGACACAUUUACAAUAUUUGGAGAUAGAAGAAAAAGUUAUAUUGUUAUAUUUUCAUUAUUAAGUUUUUUUUUAUGGAUAACUUUAGCUUUUUUUGUCAAAAACAUUUAUGAGGGAAUAUUUGUACUUUUUUUAAUUUAAUUUUCAAAUGCCUUUAAUAAUGUAGUUGCUGAAGCUUUAUUAGUAGAAAUUUCUUAAGAAAAAAGCAUAAAAAAUCAACUUAAUGAUAUAUAAUAAUAAGCUGAAGCUUCAAAAAAUGUCUCUUUAUUUUUUGGAAUAAAAAGUUUUGGUGUUCUUAUUUCUUCUUUUUUAGGAGGUUAUUUAUUAUAGUUCUAUGAUAAACAUUAUAUUUUUGCAAUUACGGGUUUAUUUCCUUUAUUUUUAUGUAUAGGAACAUUUUCUACAUUUUUUACAAAAGAUAAAGAAUAAGUUAAUGAAAAUAAUAAAUAAAAAUUUAAAUCAAAAGAUUAAAUAAUUACAUUUAUAAGUUUUAUAAAAAAGCCUUUUAUAUAUAAACCUAUAAUUUUUAUUUUUUUAUUUAUGAUGACACCAACUUCUAAUACUACAAUUUUUUUUUUUUAUACAAAUAAAUUACAUUUUUAGCCUUCUUUUAUGGGAUAACUAAAAUUUGUGCAUGCUUUUGCGAAUAUAUUGGCACUUUGGGGCUAUAAUAAAUACCUUAAGAGUAUUUAAUUUAAAAAAUAGUUUAUUUUUUCGACUUUUUUAUGCGUUUUUUUAGGCUUGUCUUAACUUUUAUUAGUUACUAGAUAUAAUUUAAAAAUAGGAAUUCCAGAUAAAAUAUUCUGUCUUGGGGAUUCUAUUAUUAUUUAAAUUAUUGGCGAGAUAAAUAUUUUACCAAUUUUAAUUUUAGCAUGUAGAUUGUGUCCGAAAAAUAUAGAAGGAACUAUGUAUGCAAUGCUUAUGAGUACGAUUAAUUUCGGGAGUCUAAUUGCAGGAUAAUUAGGUGGAUUAUUUACAUAUUAUUUGAGAAUUACUGAAACUAAUUUUGAUAAUUUAUGGAUUUUGGUAGUUAUUGCAAAUGUUACUACGGCUAUGCCUUUGCUUUUUAUUAAUAUGAUUGACACUGAUAAUUUAUAAGAAAUUUAAUAAUAAGAAUAAGAAGAAAAUAAUGGAUUUUUAGAAGAGAAUUCUGAUAAUUUAGAGGAAAAUUGUGAAUUUUAAAAGGGGAAUAAUUUUUAAUAAGAAGUACAAAAUAAAGAAAUUUAUAAUGAAGAAUAAAUAUUAAAAGAAAAAUUAAAUUAAAAAGAUGAUAAAAAUUAUAGUUAUUGUUGA